AUGCUAGGGCUACCGAGUCAAGGACGGGCUCGGCUAACGACGUUAGUCCCAAAUCGUAACCUAAAAGUCCGCUUCGCUACCUUAAAUGUAGGAACAUUAACGGGGAAGACUAAGGAACUUGCCUCUUUUUUCAAGCGCAGAAGGGUAGAUUUUAUAUGUCUACAAGAGACUCGAUGGACUGGAUCCAAAGCCCGUAAUAUCGGAGAGGGCUACAAACUUAUGUACGUAGGUGCAAAGCAUGGUAGGAAUGGCGUAGCAAUUGCUGUCAAAGAAGAUCAUCUUGAAAACAUCCUGGAGGUCAACCGUAUUAACGACAGACUCAUGUCAAUAAAGGUACUGGUGGAAGAAACUACUUUACUGGGAGGUGAUUUAAACGGUCACAUCGGAGAAGCAAACAGCGCUUUCAAAAGGGUGCACGGAGGUUACGCAUACGGAACACUAAACGAUGCUGGUAAAGUCAUUCUCUCCAGGGCAGCAGCCUUCGAUCUUGCUAUUGCCAAUUCCUUUUUCGCUAAAAAGAUCGAACAUCUGAUCACGUAUAAAAGCGGCCAAACAUCUUCACAGAUUGACUACAUACUAAUCAACCGAGCUCACAUUGGCCGUGUAACAAAUUGUAAGGUUAUUCCGGGGGAAUGCGUCGCCCCCCAACACCGUAUUGUUGUUAUGGACGUGCUAUUCAAACGACAUCCCAAGGAAAAACCAACUCAAAUUCCUGAACUCACCAAAUGGUGGAACCUAAAAGGUGAGAAAAUUCCCGAGUUCUGUGAACGUCUUGCUGAUUUGAAGGUUGAUGUUAAAUCAGAUAUUGACACCAUAUGGGAACAUUUACCUUGGCAUCAUUACUACGAACAGCUACUAUCCCUACCCCAUCUAGCUGCCACACAACUUCCUGGAUUGGAAGUGAAUGCAGGACUUUUACCUCCAAUACAUCCUGAUAAGGAUCACGCUGAGGUAAAGAAAUGGAGUAUUCAUCCUCGCCACGGCAAAAUAAAAGAGGAUACUGCAGGGCGUCGUGCGAACGGUGGAUCUCACUAA